UCCCCUUCUCCACACGACCACCUCCUUCCCCCCUUCCUCUACACCGAUGGCGUCUCCAGCGGGAAACAGUGCUCACCCCAUGCCACCGGCAACGGCGGACCUCACCACUACCUGGGCCUUCCUCGAGGAGGGUGUCGACCACAUCAUGACCAAGCUACAGACAGGCGUUUCGUAUUCAAAGUACAUGAGUCUCUACACCGUCGCAUACAACUACUGCACGUCCUCGCGCAUGCACGGCACCACCGAUGCAGGCAGUGGCGCUAGCAAUCGCACCGGCGCGAAUCUGAUGGGCUCGGAUUUGUAUAAUAAUCUCAUUCGGUAUUUUAUCACCCACUUGAAGCUACUCAAGGAUCAAUCCGACUCCCUUCAAGAUGAGGCGCUCCUUCGGUACUACGCAGCCGAGUGGGACCGCUACACCACCGGCGCAAACUACAUCAACCGUCUUUUCACGUAUCUCAACCGCCACUGGGUCAAGCGGGAACGAGACGAGGGGCGGAAGGGUGUCUACCCUGUGUACACGCUCGCACUCGUGCAAUGGAAAUCUAAUUUUUUCUUGCACGUGCAGAGCAAACACCAGAAGCUGGCCGGCGCGAUCCUGCGAUUGAUUGAACACCAGCGAAAUGGCGACACAAUCGAUCAGGGUCUCGUGAAGAAGGUCGUUGACUCGUUUGUUUCGCUCGGUCUCGAUGAAACGGACAUCAACAAGGCGUCUCUCGAUGUGUACAAGGAGCACUUCGAGACGCCGUUCCUCGAGACGACCGAGAAGUACUACAAGCAGGAGUCCGAAUCGUUCCUGGCUGAGAACAGCGUGUCCGACUAUCUCAAGAAGGCUGAGGAGCGCCUGCGGGAGGAGGAGGACCGCGUCGAGCGGUACCUGAACACGGAGACGCGCAAGAUGCUCGUCUCCAAGUGCGAGCAUGUCCUCAUUCGCGAGCACUCGGAGCUCAUGUGGGAGAGCUUCCAGAGCCUGCUCGACUACGACAAGGACGAGGAUCUGCAGCGCAUGUACGCACUCCUCUCCCGCAUUCCCGAGGGCCUUGACCCGCUCCGCAAGCGCUUCGAGGAGCACGUCAAGAAGGCGGGUCUCGCUGCUGUCUCGAAGCUUGUUGGUCAGGGCGCGGAGGGCGCGGACUCGCUCGAGCCGAAGGCGUAUGUCGAUGCUUUGUUAGAGGUGCACCGCAAGAACUCGGAGACGGUCAACCGGAGCUUCAGGGGCGAGGCCGGCUUCGUCGCUAGUCUUGACAAGGCGUGCAGAGAGUUUGUCAACCGCAACGCUGCCACUGGCACAUCGUCGACGAAGUCGCCCGAGCUGCUUGCUAAGCACGCGGACAUGCUUCUGCGGAAAAACAACAAGAUGGCCGAAGAUGAGGACUUGGAGGGUGCUUUGAACCGUGUGAUGGUGCUCUUCAAGUACAUCGAGGAUAAGGAUGUCUUCCAAACAUUCUACACCACGAAAUUGUCUAAGCGUCUCAUCCACGGUGUCUCUGCUUCGGACGAGGCCGAGUCAAGCAUGAUCUCGAAGCUCAAGGAGGCUUGCGGUUUCGAGUACACGAACAAGCUUGCACGCAUGUUCACUGACAUGACGCUGAGCAAAGACUUGACUGACCAGUUCCGCGACCGGAUGCAACAGAAUCACGAUGACAUGGACAUUAACUUCAGCAUCAUGGUCCUCGGCACCAACUUUUGGCCACUGAACGCCCCUACGCAUGGUUUCACGAUUCCUCAGGAGAUUGCCCCGACGUACGAUCGCUUCUCCAAGUACUACCAGACGAAGCAUUCAGGGCGGAAGCUCACGUGGUUGUGGAACUACUCGAAGAACGAGCUGCACACGAACUACCUGAACCAGAAAUACAUCCUCAUGACGAGCAGCUACCAGAUGGCGGUCCUCCUGCAGUACAACCGACACGACACGCUCUCGCUCGAUGAGCUUAUCACUGCCACCGCCAUCAGCAAGGAGAUUCUGCUACAGGUGCUGACGCUCCUCACGAAGGCGAAGGUGCUGGUCAGCGAGGAGGCGGAUCAGUAUGAUCUGAACCCGGGCUUCAGGUCGAAGAAGAUCCGCGUCAACCUCAACCAGCCCAUCAAAGCUGAGGUCAAGGCGGAGUCAACCGAGGUGAUGAAAGCCGUCGACGAGGAUCGCAAGUAUGUCAUCCAGGCCAGGAUCGUCCGCAUCAUGAAGGCGCGCAAGACGAUGAAGAACCAGCCCCUGAUCCAGGAGGUCAUCUCCCAGAUCUCGCAUAUCUUUGCGCCCAAGAUCCCCGAUAUCAAGAAGGCCAUCGAUACGCUCUUGGAGAAAGAGUACAUUGAGCGUGUGGACGGCACACGCGACACGUUCGCCUACGUUGCCUAAACGACUCCGUCCGUCUGGCUACCUCCAAAAUGGCCUACGGGUGGUCUCUUGACUGCCAUGCUUGAAGACGGCAAGAGGGAGUCAUGAGCGAAUCACGAUCAAUACGAGAUGGUUGAUGUAUGCGGCGCGAUACUCAGUACUGUAGAUAUUAUUCGCUUGCGAUGUAGCAUAAUAACAGCUUUUCUUUUUAUAACUACGC